UUUUUUGUUUAUCAAUAAACACACACACCCCCCAACAGGUAAUGCCCGUAUUGUAUUGUACAGUUCAGACUUGAGAGCAUACAUAAAGGUAACGCGCAUGAAUGAACUCAAAAAGUGAAAAGCUCAGAUAAUAAAAUGGACAAAGACACCAUUUUCGUUUUUGCUAUGGUUUCUUAAUUUUUUGAUGGGGUGGUGGUGGAAGCUAGCGGGAGCACCAGAACCUGUUGGAUCAGACACUAGCAGGGUUCGAUCUGCUUCUAAUUCACGUACCUGAUAAUCCAUAAAUUUUAAAUAAAGAAAAAUAAAAUAUAAUUUCGAGAGAGAGAGUGAGUGAGGAAAAGGAGCGGAAGAUCUGAAAGCUUUGUUGUAACCACUUAUAACACUCGAAAAUGCAAGGUAGAUCCCCAGACCAGGAAUCAGUAGGGUCUGGGACAAAGAGGUCCAGUGUAUCAUCUGGGGGUAGGCCUCGGAAUCAGAAGGAAUUCUUCUAUAAAUUUGUUGAAAGUGAUAGCUUGACUGCAGAACUUGUAGACUGGUUUGAAUCUGUAACCAAAAAAUGUGCAUCAAAACAGCAAGCAUUUGAUGUUCCGUUUGAGUUGAUUGAACUUCAAAAAUUUGAUUAUGCAUUGGAAGGAAUUUCAUUUCAGCAGCUGACACGCAUGCCUAAUGCUGUUCAUGCUUCUACAUCUGAUGCUGUAGAAGCGACAGCUUAUCUUGCUAUUGAAGAUUUUCUUCAUGCUAGUAUAAAGGGCUUGUGGGAGGGGUUUUGGAGUCAAGAUGAGCCCAUGCCUUUUUCUGUGGCUUGUCUGUAUAAUUCUAACUUGAAGUUUUAUCAGGCUGAGAAGGCUAUUGCUAAUGGAAGGCUUGGAGGUCUUUGUGGCACUGGUAUAUUGCUUAAUAAUUCUAGACAUCCUCAUGGAAAAUGGGAUCAUGUCCUUGAAUUGGCACUUUUAAGACCUGAUAUUGGAGGUCUUGCUGUAGGCAGUGACCGCCAGCCUUCUCCAUCAGUUCUUGGUGAAGCUCUAUUUUAUGCUCUUCGAAUGCUGUUGGCAAGGAGUUUGAGUAGACUGACUUUCUUUCCAGAUCCAAGCACAGUCUUUGUUCUUCUAGUUGAUUCUCAAUAUGGGGGAGUUGUAAAGGUUGAAGGAGAUGUAAAUAAGCUCAAUUUUGAUGUGAAUAAUGUUUAUGAAUGUGCUGCUGAAUGGGUAAAAAAUCAUUCUAGAAUUUCUGUUUCUCCAAUUGAUACGAUCUGGAACAAACUUGGCAAUGCAAACUGGGGAGAUAUUGGUGCUUUACAGGUACUAUUUGCAACCUUCCACUGUAUUAUGCAAUAUGCUGGAAUGCCCAAGCACUCUGUUGAAGAUUUAGCUGCUGAUCAUAGUUCCCGCCUCCAAACAAGAAGAGUUGAAAGGCAGUUAGGAGAUACCAGUAUAAAUGGAAAUGGCCUAUUUCGAUACCAGCAACGAAGUGUUUCCCCUGAAAUUGUUGAAGUUCAGGAUGAUUCUGUCAAAGUUGAUUCCAAAGAGUCAAUGAGAUUAGAAGAAGGAUCCGUGUUAUGGCUGGAAGAUUCAGAGUGGCAAAAGGGUUAUCCGAUAAAAGAGGUAAUCAGCACUGGUGAAUUGACAUACUACAUUGCAUCCUAUGUUGAAGAUCCAGGAAAAAAUCUGUUUCUAUAUGUGGGCUCUCAUCCCUCCCAGUUGGAACCAGCAUGGGAAGAUAUGAAUUUAUGGUAUCAGGUUCAGAGACAGACUAAAGUAUUGACAAUAAUGAAGCAUAAAGGUCUCUCAAGCAAAUUUCUGCCUCAAUUGAGUGCUUCUGGUAGGAUCAUACACCCUGGUCAUUGUCGCAGGCCCAGCUCAGGUGGAAAUUGUGACCACCCUUGGUGUGGGACCCCUAUUCUUGUGACCAGUCCAGUUGGUGAAACAGUAGCUGAAAUGGUACGCACAGGCCAAUUUGGUUUGGAUGAAGCUAUCAGAUGUUGCCAUGAUUGCUUAUCUGCACUUUCAACUGCUGCCUCUGCUGGACUUCGGCAUGGAGACAUCAGGCCAGAGAAUGUGAUCUGUGUAAAGGCUGGUGUGAGGCACCCUUAUUUUGUUCUAAUCGGAUGGGGCCAUGCUAUUCUUGAAGAUAGGGAUCGCCCUGCUAUGAAUCUUCAUUUCUCAUCUACUUAUGCACUUCAGGAAGGGAAACUAUGCUCUGCUUCAGACGCUGAAAGCCUAGUUUAUAUGCUUUAUUAUUCAUGUGGUGGAGUUUUUCCUGAUCUAGAUUCAGUAGAGGGAGCGCUACAGUGGCGAGAAACAUCUUGGUCAAGGAGAUUAAUUCAGCAGAAGCUUGGUGACAUCUCAACCGUGCUGAAAGCUUUUGCUGAUUAUGUUGAUAGUCUAUGUGGGACACCAUAUCCCAUGGACUAUGACAUAUGGCUGAGAAGGUUGAGGCGAAAUAUUCAUGAAGACGAUCAUGGAAAGGAAAUUGUUGCAGCAGGCUAAGCUUUCAAACUGGGUCCAAUCUCAAAUGAAAACUCUUCAUCUUAACGUGUUUCUCAUUGCAAUGCUUGGACUUUUGGGUGGUAAAUAAAACAUGGAGGUCAAUGGUUUUAUCUCUGAUGUUCAAGAAUUUGUAUUCUUCGAACAAUUGGUUUGGGGAAUGGCUAAUGCAUUCCCUGAAAUGAGCAUAUCAUGACUGCUCUUGUUGAUAGAGGUUGGGCUGCUCUAUCUUCUACAAAUAUUGAGACUUGAUUGAUGGCAUCUUGGGUAUGUGAAGAAUAUUCAUACCUUCAUUUUGAGGAGCCAAAACAUGACUUUAACAGCUUUCUUUCCAUUUCAUUUUUCUGGUGAUGAGUUUAUUAUCAAAGUAAUCAUACUUUAUUGAUAACAUCAUUCGUUUGUAAAGAGAAAAAGGUCUUCUAGAAUGCCCUGUUGCUUAUGUAGUUGCUUGGUUCAAGACCUAACUGAAUGGUACACAGUGCACAGGGCAUAUAGCUGUAUUCUGUAGAGUAAAUGCGUUGUUUUUCUUGUGUCCAUUGGGGUUUCUCUUUCAUUUUUUAAAUUGACCUGUCUCCUUUUCGUUCCUUCUUCUCAUAUAUGUGGUGCUUCAAGCUUCAACUCCAGGUGGGAGAGGGAUUUUGAAGGCCUUUUUUUUUUUUUUUUUUUUUUUUUUUCUCUUAAUCGCCAUUUUUUCUUAAUGUGGGAUAGACUAAGAACAUCAUGGUACAACCUUGGAAGAAGAAAAAUGUCGGCCAAUGGGCAAGCUCACACUCAAGUCAAUGGAGUUGUACCUUUACUGUAAAUGGCUAAUGUGCUUCCGUUUCCAUCCAACUUCAAUCAGUACUGGCGUUAAACCCCUUGAUGCCAGUUAAAAGGGUGCAAUUGUAA